GUGAACCUUUGUUUUGUCAAGAAGUAUGGCUGCCAUCUUAACUGUCCGAUGGAUGUUUUCCAAAAAGUUCGCGGAUUCUCGUGCUUAUUACACUAUUUAAUAACGUAAAUAAAAGUGAGAGCUCGGGGCAGUAUCCAGCGCGAUGUGACGCAUCUUUCUGUCUAGACAAACCAAGCUGCCCUGCUGCCAGAUCAACCCGAACAUGUUUGUGUUUACAUCCGACCUCUCAGCGAGUCUCUCUGUUCCUGUCAUUAUCAGGCGCACCAGUCCCUCAACAGGUCAAAAAUUUGAAGGUCUAUUCAUUGGGUGCAGGUACCGACAAGGAGAAAGGCCAUUUAAGGGCGAAAGGUCAUAUUUGAAGGUACUGCGAGAAUCCUCACGUUGAUUUCUCGGUCGUUGAAGGUUCAGGGAUGGUUCCUACUACAAACUGCCUCCGACGAUAUAAAAUCCUCAAAUAAUCGACAACGAGAACACAGGAAAAAGCAAUUUGAAGCGCAACCGAACACGGAAAGGAAGACAUCAUCAUUAUCGACUACCAAGCAGAACCGUAACUUCUCGAGCAGAAAAUAUUUUUGAAAAUCCAGUUUAAAAAAGAAGCGACCAGCAAUAAUCCGUAAUCGCGUUGUUGAUCGAUCGAGCGAUCGGUGGCGAGACCCACCACCAAAACUGCAGCCCCGCAAGGCCUCCAAAACGUCGACCCCUGGAAUAAUUAAGUUACCGGGGGCCGGAGCAGACGAGUCGUCGUCGGCUCAGCAGCAGUCGUCGUCGUCGUCGUCGUGCUCGUCGUCCCCCGGGCCAACCGCCGCCUGCGAGCGUAUCAGCAGCAGCAACCCUAGGCAUCGUCUGCAAUGAUGCCGCGACCGCGCGCCAGUCGUCAUCAUCCUCAUCGGCGACGAUGCCGCCGCCCCAAGAAGAACUGGCGACGCUUAGACCGCUCGGCCAACAGCAACCCGGUACACUCAUGCCCAGCAGCCCUAAGCCCGUCAGUCAACAGAGCCUCGCCCACCUGUACGCAGCCCCACAGAAGAUGGCCAGCCUCUACUCCAUCCCCGCGCCCACGGCCAAAAUGCAAGUGCUCGCCGAGGCUGCCAGCCGCGAAGCCGAACACCAGAAGCAGCAACAGCAACAACAACAGGGGCCUCAACUCAUUCGCAGAAUAGCGGUACCCGGCGCGGUAGCUAACAAGUCGACACGCGUACACUCGUUCGCCGUGCAGGUGAACCAUAAGCAACAGCCUCCACAGCUGUCCUUCAAGCCGCUGGGUCCACAGGCGAGCAACGUAGUGAAGAGCAACAAUGUAUCCAGCAUCUCUAAGUUGCAUAACUCCAAUAUCGUGCUCAAACCUCAGCAGCAGCAGCAACUACAGCAACAACAACAGCAGCAGCAACAACCACAGGCAACUGCCGUACGUGGCCAGAGUGCAGCCACCGUGCGAGCACCCGGUCAGCCACAAACGCAGGUUCUCGUCAAAGUUGCUCCGCCUCUCAACGCAACUGGCAAGGUCGGCCAGACGAAGACCACCAAGCUGGUAAAUGCUGUGAAGCAACAACAGCCGGUUAUUCAUCGUCAGGUGAUCAUUCCGCAGUCCAGUUGUAUCAAGGCUGUGCCCCAGAAAAAUAGUGGUUCGCAGCUGCAACCAAAGCCUAACAUCGUCAAACUCAAUGCUGCUGCUGCUGCUACGGCCGCGGCUAAUCUCAAUGCUAUCAAGAAUGUACCGACGACGGUCUCGGUGAUACCGACCCUCAAUGCUUUGCAACCGGUCAAAGCCAACAUCAAGACUCUUCUGCCCCAACAGCCCACUAGCGCUAUUGUCGGCAACGUGGGGGUACUCCACAAGGUAUCUACCCCAGCGUCCAAAAUUAUCCAGCAACAACAGCAGCAGCAACCACAACAGCAGCAACAACCACAACCAGUAAUAUUACCACACAAGCAGGUAAUCAUGUCUACUACAUCAUCUGUGCAGUAUGUCCCACCGGUCAGACCCUUGUCUGGACAGGUCAAGACCAUUAUUCCCGUUGGACUGGUAGAACCUAAGAAAGAAAAUGACAUCAAAGUCGAGGUAAAAACUGAAAUAAAGCAAGAGGACGAUAUAGCAUUGAGUCCUUAUCAAUUGCAUGCCGUUCAAAAGAGAAUGCCACUGCCCUACGAGUGUCUCCAGUUUGUUCUCCAAGAUCACAAUUACGGAGCUCCACCGCCGAGAACACCGCCACCGCCAUCGCCACCCCCGCAUCCUGUUAUCGUGAAACCGACGGCGGCGCCGCCCGUCAAUGGGACACCCAACACAUGCAUACCCGUUCAGCAUCCGUUUGUAUUUAAUCAAGCAGUUGAAAUCGCAGCAGUACCGACUGUACCCCCUGCACCAGUGGAAGAUGACGCAGCAAGUGCCAUAAGCAGUGACAAUGGCCGGGAAGUCGAACCCGAGGGCGAAGAAACCGAAACUGCGCCCGAAGGUGAAGGAGACGAAGAAGACAGUGUUACUCGUUGCGUUUGCGAUUUCGAGCACGACGAUGGUUAUAUGAUUUGCUGUGAUCGAUGCCUUGUUUGGCAGCAUGUCGACUGCAUGGGUAUUGAUCGUGCCAAUAUUCCGGACGAGUACCUGUGCGAGGUUUGUCGGCCACGACGAGUCGAUCGUUCACGCGCACGUGCUUUGCAAAUGCGUAAACGCGAAGAACUUCGUAAUUUGGACUCUGCUUCGGAUUCUUCGUCUUCGAGUUCUGGCGAUUCCGACGCCGGUCACAAUGUACCAGUAAAAACUCGCAAAAUUGCUCAACACUCGGGUGCAAGAAGAAAAAACGAUUCAGCUCCAGUGCGCAGGCUAAACAAUAAUAACAACAAUGUGGCGAAACGGCAAAGAAGGGAAACUCAGCGACAAUCCAGCACGAUAAGAAAUAAACAAAAAGAGACGCCAAUACAACCUGCUAAACAACGACAGACCGGAAAGAGAAAAACUAAAAGACGAACAAGCAUAGAAGACAAAGAUGAAGAUGUACAAGAUGCUUGGGGCUCGAACAUGGCACCGCUGAGACAGUGGAUCGAAAGGUAUGAGGAAGCUGUUACGAAUCACUACAGCCCCGAGCUUAGAGCUAGGAUAUCUAGUAUCAAGGUCAACGGUACACAUAAUGAUCUCAAACAAAGUAACAUCGGCACAGCGGCUACUGGCAAGUGCCGUUUGAACAUCCAGAGUAAUAGUGUUAGAUAUCUGGUAGCGACGACAUAUUUGCCAGCGAACACGCCAGUUGUGGAACUACGUGGCAAAUACAUGCUCAGUACGCAGCACAGGCCGUCACAUCCGCAGGGUCGUCAGCAUGCGCAACGUCCAGGGCCAUUUGUGUUUUUUUAUCGGUUGCCGCGGGACGGCACCGAGGUUUGUGUGGAUACCCGGACUUACGGAAACGACGCUCGUUUCGUCCGACGAAGCUGUCGUCCGAACGCUGAAGUGAAACACUGCAUUGAAAAGGGAAUUUUACAUUUAUACAUUGUGACUACAACAGCCAUUGAGAAGAAUGCUGAGAUAACGAUACGUCAUGACCAACACGACCUCGUACUCUCACCCAACUCUAACUCGUCCGCUAUGCCAAUCAUGUGCGCAUGUAAUAAUCCUAAAGAGUGUCAGAUAACUACUCUUAAUUCCCCACCUACCACCAGGAGAGGGAACAACGGUCCUCUAGCUGAAAAUACCGAUGGCAGAGAACGAAGGCGACGAGGUAGACGAAACACUGCAAGUGAAGAUACUGUUAAUGAAACCGUGUCGUCACCAAACACAACGCCGACGGCAUCAUGCAGUACUACGACAACGGUAUCACAAACAACCUCAACGCCACCAACUCCAACCCAACCGAAUCCAAAGAAAACUGUCACUAUCAAUCCGAAUGUAAUUAUCAGAGAAAGUCCGAGUGCAAGUACAGUGAGCAACGUUAGCAGUGUUGCUAGUAGCAGCAGUAGCACUAGUAAUAGCGCUGCUGUAACUCCCGCGGUUACUCGUCAAGCAGCGAAAGAAGAACAGCAACAAUUGCAGCAGCAACAACAACAACAACAGCAGCAGCAACAGCAGCAGCAACAACAGCAGCAACAACAAGCACAGCAACAACAAGCACAGCAGCAGCAACAACGACAACAAUCACCACCACAGCAGCAACCGGCGGUAAACGUUCAGACAACGCCAAGUACAAGUCAUCAAACGUCUACGAAAGCAACAACGAUACCAGUAACGCCUGUAACUUCGGAGACCAAAAAAGAAAAAAAAAAGAUGACGCGCGAAGAAAGGAAGAUGGAAGCUAUCAUGAAGGCAUUCGAGAGAUUAGAAAAAGCUGAACAAAGAAAACAAGAGGUGCAAGCUCGAAACGCUCAACGUAAGGAUGGACACAGCGACAACGAUGAAAGUGGUGGUCAUGCGUCCAUAAAGUCGAAGCAAAGCAACGUUGACAAGGGACAUUCAAAGCGUAAGCGGCGGAAAGGCAGAACAAGGUCUACCAGCACCUCGCAGCCUCAAGGCGUCACUCGCAGAACCCGAUUGAACUCCGCCGAGUCUGACUUGACUUCGGGCGACGAAUGCAACUCCAUACAGUCUCCACCACUGCCCAACCAAAACUGCUCGUAUUCACUGCGUAUGCAAACCGCUAAAGAGUCGGGUAGGCCCGGUAAUAGUAGCGGGAGCAACGCGCAGCAAAUACCGGCAGCAGCCGAUCUGUUGCUGGCGCUCGCGAAUUCCAACGUGCCGGGCUCAACCUCACCCCAGCAGCGUCCUACACCCGCCAAAAGUCCAACCUGUGACAGCGGAGCAAGCAGCAGCUCGCAGAGCUCAACUCCGUCAACCCCCUUGUCCUCGGCAUGUCUACUGGUGGCCGCGGCCGUUGGUCCCCUUGCCCCAGGCUUCAAGUUCCCCAAAACUAAAAAGGUAUUAAUGAACGAAUGGCUGAAGGAAUCUCCUGAGCCUCAGUGUCAGCCAACCGAGGCUCGAGGCUCCGAGUUUCCAUCCGAGCCGACCUCGGACUUCCUCUCGCAAAACUACGCAGCCAAAAGUCUCGCUACCCUCGUACAGGCAGCACACAGCGUCUCCAACAUCUGCGACUCGCCACCCCAGCGUGGCAAGCAGCAGUCAGCCUCGCAGUCGACCUCGAGCGGCGGCUCUGCCAAGAAGCGCUGGCUCAGGCAAGCCAUCUCCGAGGAGUGCGACUCGCCGAACAGCAGCAGCCGGCCCGAGAGUCCACCCAGCGAGAUGGUCGCUCCUCCCAAGAAGCGACGCAUCGCUCGGGAAAGCCUCUCAUCCGACAACUACACGCCACCAACGACUCCGACCAUGAUGCAACAGGACAGCGGUAGUGCAUCCCAGCAUCGGCCAUCCGUCCACGAGGAUGAUUAUAUGGAACAGUUGCCAUCGCCAAGUACCGAAGAUAUGGGAUCACAAAAUGAGUAUGAUUCAGACCAAAUUAAAGAUGAAAUAAAAGCAAAAUCUACGGAAGAAGUAGACACCAAAAAUGUCAUUAACAAUUCGGCUGCUUAUGAUUCUACUGUCAGGAAGAUUGAAACUAAAUAUCAUUUUAAUUUGAAAUCGACAAAGGAAAUAACAUCAGAGGAAGAUAAAGUUAGAAGUAAAUGUAAAAUGGAAACUAAAUUUUCAUCGCACAGAAAAGCUGAAACUUAUUCGUCUACACCGAAACUUGAAAGAAAACCUGUAAAAGUGGAAGAAAUUAUAGAGCAAGGUACCGUAGAAAUAAUCGAUCAGAAUGAACAAGAUUUGGAAGCCGAUGACUUGAGUUCACCAAUAGCUGCUAUGGAGUCGGAUUCCGAAUUGAAGAAACGGGUAGCAGAAUUAAGAUUGGAGUUCGGUGGAGGUAUGGCGGACUUUGCAAAUAGCAGUGCUGAAACUGAAAAAUCUUUUGAAGAUUUGAAUGAUUCUACCAAGCCAGAAGAAGAUAGGUAUGCUGAUCAAUCGUCUGUUGAUGAAUUUGAUGUUGAGGCUCAGAUGAAAAAGAUCACUGGUGACGAUGGGGACGAUUAUAAAGAAAGAUGCGAUACCAGCUCGGAAAAAGAUAAAAGUGUUGACGGGAUUGAAGGACUAAUGGAAAGUUCGAAAGAGGAUUCAGAGUCAGAUAUAGAUGAUCGGGAUGCAGGUGACUCGAAAGACUGUAGUAACGCUGAUGAAAAAGGCAGUGAACAAGAAAAAACUGUAGUAGAAACUGAAGAAAGAAUUUUUAAAGAGUUUGAAUGUAAAAAGAGGCCCAUGUCACUGGAGGAGGAGUUCGAAGAGAUAAAAAGAUCAGCGAAAUCAGCUGUAGAAGAGGUGAAAAUUCUGCCUCAUUUAGUUGAUAAAGAAUCACUAGACUCGAUAGAAAAGGAAAUAGAAGAACAAUCGGGUUUAAAAAAAAUCGUUUUGCGUUUGGAUAAUGAAUUACUGAAGCCAGAUUUAAAAAUGACACUUACACCUGAAGAGUCCAUGAUGGAAUUAGAUUCUAUGGAACUACCUUCUGAAGAAACCUCUGAAGAACAACCAAAAGUUUUUCCAUCUAUUCCACCGUUGAGUGAAAGAAUUCGUAAAAAAGCAGAUCCUAACCCAACUGCAAAGUCAAAACUAGAUGAAGCGUCGAUUAUUGAAUCUUCACUAGAUUUGGAACUUGUAGAGGAUGGUCAGACCUGCGAAGAGAAAAAAAUUAUGUCUACAGCCUUACGAGAACUGUUAGAGGCUAAGAUUGAAACCGAAAAAGAGCCUGCGCCUCCUGUUGUAAAUAAAAUUAUAUUAGAGAAUAAGGUUAGUCCUCAACCCGAAAUAAACCCAAUGAAAGCUUUAAUUGAGAAACCUGUAGUAGAGCCAUGUACAGUACCACCAGCAUCACCGUCACCGUCACCAUCACCGACACCAUCACCGUCAUCACCACCACCACCACCACCACCACCACCACCACUACCACCACCUACUGUCGAUGAAAUUAAAAAAGAUGUAGUUAUUCCUGUAGCGAAAAAAGAAGAACCUGUACCCCCAGAACCCAAAAGGCUAAAAGAUCCUAGAACGGUUGUGCCAAAUAAAUUAUCGGCGCCGUCGCCAUUAAAAAAUGAGGGCCCACCGCCGAUAAAACGGAAGCUUUCUAUUUCCGAAUACCGAAAACGUAAACAACAGUCGUCAGAGACACCACUGGAGCCCGAAAAUUCUGAAACCUCGACAGAUGGUAAAAAUACAAGUAGGGGUCGAUCUGAUAGUGCUAGUAGUGGCACAUCCUCAUUGAGCUCCGACGAUGAAAGUGCGCCUAAACCAUCUCUUGAACUACCUAGUCUUAACACCUUGCCUCUUUUUACUAAUACUGAAGGAGAAGAGAAAAGGGCAGGUGGCGAGGAUGGAAAGAUCGGUUGGUCCGCUGCACCUACAUUAGUUGAACGACAGCGCGAAAACCUUACAGAGCGAUUAAAACGGGAAUUUGGACUUUUCUUGAAUGACGAUGAAGAAGAAAGAGUUAGGAAACAGGGUUUAAAUAACGAAGGUACCCUGAAAACAGUAGCAGCGGUACCACCUAGUAACACGACAGCUGUUGGCUUUCCUGUCGCGCAAUUACCACCUCAGCCAUAUAUUCCACCUCCAGGAUCGACGUCAGUUCAUUAUACACAAUACCCACCUAAAGCAGCGGGAACAAACGUAGUUCAAUAUCCAAAUUAUUCCGUACCGCCACCUCCGAUCGGUGCAGCAAGUUACCCUCCACCGCCUAUCACUCAACCAGGUCCAACUGGAGUCCAACCAACUGCAACGGGAAGUCAACCAUCGUUUCCACUACCCCAAGCACCACCGGGUUCGAAUCCAUAUCCACCAACGCAACCACAGUUUUCCGCAACCAUAGCGACGACAACGGCAACGCAACCUGUAGUUGUUCCAUCAGUUCCGCCGCCUGUACCGGUUCCACCACCUAGUACUACAAUAUCACGUUUCUCGUCAGCGACAGCCCAGGCUACCGUUCAGCCCGUGCUUACUUAUUCAAUGCCACCGCCACCACCGCCUCAAACGCAAAAGACCUUCUACAAUCAUCCCACGCCAAGGUCUUAAUUUUUAAACACAAAAGCAACGGACGAACAAUUUUAUCUCAACUUUCUAUUUUGCAAUUCCAGUUAGGUGAUUUUAGUUAUAUCUAUAUGCAAUUCAUGCGUAUUCACAUGCAAUCAGCCAUUGGUUAGGCUACGUAAAAUGAAAGUUAUUAGUAGGGCAGUAUUGAAACGUUGACAGAGAAACGUCAAGGCAUUUUCUCAUUCCACUGGAUUUUUUGUUUAGCUAAAGACGAAGCACGAUCAGCGCAAGCUUGAACGGCUCAUCGAUAAUUACGCACUUUUCUUUUUUAAUGAUCAUUGAAGAUCAGAAUUUUCUUUGACAGAUUAUAAAAAAGUAAAUUUAUAGUCGUUUCAUAUACGUGUAAAUAUAUAAUUUUACGUUUUUGCAUAAUGUAGAAUAUAUUCACAGUAAGGUAUCUGUUUUUAACUAAACAAACACUAUAAAGACGUCACUUAACAGUUAAUAUUCUAGAUUACGUAAGAGACCGUCUUAUACAGUCUUGUUCCUUUUUGGUUUUCGUUUUUCCAUUUUUUUUAUUAUUGAAUUCUUUGUUUUUAUACUUUGUCUUCGAGUGUCAGCAAUAAAAGCAAUUAGCAAAUUAACUUACGCUGAAUACUGGAGUUCCAACUAACUUAUAUUAGUGGUUAAACAUUUUGCAAGGUAACAUACCGAUAAAUAUGUUCAACUACAAUCGAUUAUUUAUACGUGAGAACAUUGGUGCUUUCAGAACAUGGUUAAACAUUAAUUUUUCUACGUGUUAAUAUUAGUUCUUUUACGGUUAUCGGUCUCUACGUUACGGAUGCAAUUACCCCGGUUGAUUUAUCGGGUAAAGAUUGUUCUUUUUUUACUUUUUAUAAAUAGAAAUCAUAGUAAAUUACAGUAGUUAGUUUCACUACCGGGUGCGUGAAAAUAAUUUUUUUUAAUAUAAGACGAGCUUACUUGUAGCUCGAAAAUUGUAAGUACAAAUCCAAGUACUCGGUAAAUUAUAUUAUAGAAUUAAAUUAUUGAAGCAUCGUUAUUGCGUGAUUUGUUUUCCAAAAAAUUUUGUUAAAUAACCGACAAAAAUCAGACAAAAAAAGCUCGAUUAAUGUACAAAUGUUUGCAAUAAUUUAUAAAAUGAAUUGCAUUUUCAUCCUAUUUUUUACUUUUGCACACAAAAAAUUGUUAUAAUUGCUUGACGAACGAUUUGAUCUGACAAAUACGAGUAACAAAUGUGCACAGCGCAUAAUGAUGAUAUUAGGUUAAUUAUAAUUGACGUAGUUAGUAAGUUGAAAGCAGUAAUGAAAUAUCUGUAAAUUUGUAAAUAAAUUAUAAUUGAUCGUUUUCAUAAAAUAAAGGUUAAAGGUAGUCGGUAAAAUUGUUGCGAUGCAGCAGUUGGAAAAAUGGCCUCUUCUAUGAUGGACAGAAAGCGCUCGAAAAAGCUUUAAACAUGCGAUCACAUGAGAUCUUUCUAUUGCGAUAAUUCUAGUGAAAUAACAAUAACAUUCAUAGAUUAGUAUAGUUGAAUAAGUAGACUGUCGAGGCUUAUCUGAAUUCGGCAAAGGCAGUAUUUCCGCGACAGUAUUUCUCUCGGCUAGAAAAGAGGAUCAGGAUAUUUUUAUACGUCGUACGCGUAUGACUUAUUUUUUCGUAAAAUAUUUCCGGAAACUGAGAAUAAGACCAUAAUUUUUAAGUAGCCUCCUGAACUUUCAUCUCUGACCGUCGUCGGCAAAACAAAAACACAUGUAAAUAAAUAAUGUAUUUAAGAUAGUGCUGACGAGUUAUAGAACAAUUUCAUUAUCGGGACAAGCCAAAGUUAAACAGUAAAUAGCGAAAGUUUCCUUCGAAUUUCGUUGUAUUUUAUGUUUAGGAUCGCGCAUAGAGUUAAAUUUUUCAAUAAAUGUUGUGUUAUAUUGACAUUUACUUUCAGAGACGAUUACUUGAAAUUUUUGAAUUUGUGACGAAGCUUAUUCUAAUUACUUUUAUAUGCAAAAGUUUUACGACGAUUUUUUCAAUCGAAUCAUUUUCACAAGACAACAAAGAAAAAUUUCACUGUUUAACAUUGGUUAGUCUCUUUAAUUCAGACACUCUUCUAAUUGUAAUCACAAAUUUCUCUCACACAUUGUACAAUUUUUCGUCUACCCAGUGAACGAAUUUGCCGUGACAUCUUGUGAAUAUUAACGCGCUGUAAAUGUUAUAUAUAUAAGUAAAUAAUUUCUUAGCGCGGAUAAAAAAGGAACAUAAGAAUGAACACGAGAGAGAAAUAUAGGACUAGAAGACAAACGUCCUUGUGAACUUAAUAUGAAAACAAAUUUUCUCUUUUCUUACUGUAAAUAUAGAUUUAAGCAGAUCCGUUUGUCAGCUCUAUAAAUACAUCUCAUAGUAAUAUAAAUAUAUAAAUAAACAUAUAAAUAUAUAAAUAAAUAAAUAUAUAUAUAUGUAUACUUGCGUAUAUAGUUAGAAGGUAACUCCAGAUAACAUAAUUUUUUAUUUGUAUUUUGCUGUUAUAUGUAUGUGCCUAGAUAUAGCAAUGUUACAUCACUUAUACGCAUUGUAUCAUAAUUUAAUCCGUACUAUAUUAUAUUAUAAAUGCUAUAGAUAAAUAUUAAUUAAUAUGGAUUGUAUGUAUCGGGCUCUCAACCAUCAAACAUUGAUAUAUACAUAUAAUUAUAGCAACACUUUAUGUAAAGAGCUAAAUAUUUAGGCGUAAAUGAAAUUUAAUAAAUCGAAUACAA